AAUCGAAUUGGGCAAGGUGAAGUACCUGGCUUGUCGCUGGCCUAUUUAAUUAUCCAAAACUACGCCUGAACACAGUCGUUAUUUAAUUCCGAAACAAAUCAAAGCUUUUUCCACCUCCUGGCUGUGAAGAGCUUUUCAUUUAAGACACGGGACAGGAUUAGGUUUAAAUUAGCCUAGCGGUACGCCUCUUUUGCGAUGCUGGUCUAGCCCUUGCUUUUAGGGUGCAUUUUCACUGAAUUCAGGUGUAAUUAAUUGUCCGUUCUUAGUUCCCCCUCUUGCAACAUACUGCACCACCACUUCGAUACAGAAGCACAAACGUUUCCCAUAAAACUGCAACUCCCGGCCCAAAUAACUCAAUCGCGCAUGCUCCUUCGCAGUCCACCGCAACACCGGGAGGCUGCUGCGCAGGCGCACAAGAGGCCACUGCCAAUCGAGUUGGUUAAACAGCGGGUGAUAAAAUGGUAGCACAAGCUGAGGUCUUCGCAGAAGGACAAGGUUCGCCAGUUCAUGUCCUUCACUCAGGCGGGGGAGAAGACCGCGCUACACUGCCUCACGCACAAUGACUGGAAACUAGAGGUGGCAACAGACAGCUAUUUCCAAAACCCAGAGCUCUACCAAAAAGACUCCAUGAAAAACACAGCGGACAGAAAGAAGCUGGAGCAGCUUUACAACCGUUAUAAAGAUCCCCAGGAUGAGAACAAGAUUGGGAUUGACGGCAUCCAGCAGUUCUGUGAUGAUCUGAACCUGGACCCAGCGAGUCUGAGUGUGCUGGUGGUGGCGUGGAAGUUUAGGGCCGCGACACAGUGCGAGUUCAGCAGGAAGGAGUUCCUGGACGGGAUGUCAGAGCUGGGGUGUGACAGCACUGAUAAGCUUAAAGCGCUCGUCCCCAGGCUGGAACAGGAGCUCAAAGACGCCACAAAGUUCAAAGACUUCUAUCAGUUCACCUUUAAUUUCGCCAAGAUUCCUGGACAGAAGGGUUUAGAUUUAGAGAUGGCCGUGGCCUACUGGAAUUUAGUACUAGCUGGAAGGUUCAAGUUCCUGGACCUCUGGAACAGAUUUCUAUUGGAACACCACAAACGCUCAAUUCCCAAAGACACGUGGAACCUACUUCUGGACUUCUGCAACAUGAUUGCCGAUGACAUGUCCAACUAUGAUGAGGAAGGGGCCUGGCCUGUCCUCAUAGAUGAUUUUGUGGAAUUUGCUCGGCCAAUCGUGACAGGGGGCAAGCGCUAAACUAUAUAAUCACCGCCUAGUGACUGGCUUUUAUCCCUUAUUUUGACUUGAUCAUUUUUUUAAAAAAAGAUAUAACAUAAAAAGAAAGCAAAAACACUUGAAGUUGUAAAACUUCUAUCAGUUGGCUGAGAGGGCGGGGCCAGAUGGACAACCAAUCAGAGCAGAGAAUUGGAAAAAAAAAUUUUCCUCCCCUUUUUGCCUGGAGCUGGCACAUGCACUACAGCUACUCUUUUCUGUUGCUGGGGGGCACUGAGGAGCCAGGCUACACCAUGGCAUCGGGUGGCACCUGGAGACACCUGACCCACCCCACCACCACCACCAGCCUCCAGUGGGGAUUCAAGAUGGGUGGGGUGCUGUGACUCCACCCUCACACAGGACAGCACUGGCAGCGCUUGUUUUAUUUUAGGUGUAAAAAGCUGGGCAUCAUCUGUUUUUUAUAGGGCUGAGUGUGUAUGUUUUUUUGUAUUGGAUGCUGUGUACAGGACAUACCCAUGCUCUCAUUUCGAGAAAAAGGAAGAUCCACUCAGGACUGGGCACCAGCAGAAACAAAACUUCUACAGCUGUAAUA